AUGAGGCGUCAAAUGCGGUCGAUUUUCAUUCCUGCACCUCCCGACAAAUGCGGUCAGCGACAGAGUGGAAAUCAUGUUGUUACUAAUUUUUUCUCUCUCCAGGAAUGGGGCCAGCUGUCUUCACAGCAACCGCCGACCGCUAUGGACAGUUUGUCGGUUGCACUGAAAGGCAACAUAAUUCCCAACCAGGAGUACCUGUUGCAAGGCAGUGUGUUGGAUAGUGCCGUCGAGAUACUGUUACAUCGACUGAGAGGACUUUGCGACAAUGUCGACUCGGGACCUGAGACGUUUCACGACCAUGAGAUGUGUUUCAGCAUAAGGCCUCCAGCAGGGCCUAACAGUCCACAACCUCUCCUACUGCGCGUGCGCCGCGCUUUGGACACACAAGACGCGCCCUGGCAGUUGCGCUACAUCGGCCAACCGGAGCUGGGCGCGCCCGACGCCAAGUCGCGUCCCACCAUUGUUCGCAGCAGCAUCGACAUCGGCACCAGCUCCACUGUUGUCGACUUCCUCACCGAGCUCGGCUGUCGGCUCGACUUCGAGUACAUUGUGCGCGGCUACAUGUUCUGCAAGGGUCGCAUGAAGAUCACCGUGUCCAAGAUCUACAAGAUGGGCCAGGGUAAACCUCCGGAGAGCCUGGAACCUGUCUCGCAGUCCUACCUGGUUGAGCUGAGUGUGCUCGCCCCGUCAGGUCAGGACGCCAUUGCUGACGAUAUGCGCGCGUUUGCCGAUCAACUCAGACCACUCGUCAUACUGGAGAAAGUCGACUACAAGCGACUGCCCUUGUCCGCCAUGCCUUAAGCACGGUGUAAGGAACAAUCUUUCUUAAAGCGGAGUUCACAUUAGACAUGUUUUCUUGACUCUAAGCAAAAAUCGUACAUUUUACUCAAGCGCUCUUUCGAGUCAAGAAAACUUGAAAGAUCUUCUUCUCUUCUUCAUGUGCCGUCUCCAUGGCGGAGGUUGGCUAUCAUGAUGGCAAUUUUCACCCUGCUUACAGCUGACUUGAAAUAGUUAUUUGUGCAACUAGUGCGCAAAGUGACAGUUUGCUGCACCGAAAGAAACGUUUACGGCCGAGCCGUAGGCGAGGGCGGAAUGAUUUCUUGAGUGCAGCAGAGGAACUUUGCGCACGUAUUUCACAUUAAGUUUUUCCUACAGUUACCAUUGAAUAUGAAAAAUGGGUAAUUAUGGGUAAAAUUGCCUGAAAUCCAUCAAAUGUAUAUCUGUGUAAUUUUAUUAUUAAUAAAUAAAAUAGAAUGUACUAUGUGUGUUUGAAUGGCGGCUGUGUGCUGUCAACUGCUGUCAUCCACUGUGCCUGUCCACCACCUCAAGACUCUUAUAACGUGCACCACAGUCACUGUUACCAACUUAAUUUCGAUUUUGCUGAACUGGUGCUCCAUAUAACCUACUAACUAUUUUGCGUUGCCAUGUUGCAAAUCUGGAGUGCAGGAAAAAUUUUUCCCUGCGGAAAUUUUUUCACUAGAGCGGAAAAGUGAUUCUUUGCGUUCUGUAAUCAGUGCAGCAAUGGCCACUUUUCAAGGUAACUGUAGGGAAAGUUCAUUUUAGAUGCACAUGAACCAAUUCCUUAAAUUGCGCAACCAAUAUAUCCUUAUUGA